CUCAGAAUAGUGAGGAACAUUCACCCACCGCCAUGUGUUUCCUGUAGCGAGAAUGUGUUGUAAACACCAACUUCGGUUGCAUCAUAAAAAAAAUAACAGUAUUUAGUAUUCAGUAUUAUAUAUAACCGCUUGAAAAUGCUGCUGUUUUGUCCAACCUGUGGGAAUGUUUUAAUCGUGGAAGAGGGGCAGAAAUGCUUUAGAUUCGCGUGUAAUACAUGUCCAUAUGUGCACAACAUCACGAGGAAGGUGAAUAACAGAAAGUACCCCAAGCUGAAGGAGGUUGAUGAUGUUCUCGGGGGCUCUGCUGCUUGGGAAAAUGUGGAUUCCACUCCAGAACCUUGUCCAAAAUGUGAGCACCCAAGGGCCUACUUUAUGCAGAUUCAGACUAGAUCUGCCGAUGAACCAAUGACAACCUUCUACAAGUGCUGCAAUCUACAAUGUGGGCAUCGUUGGAGAGACUAAAUCAGAGACCUCGGUUUCUGACUUUGUUUGAGGCUCAGAAAAUGUGCUCAUAAUAGAAUAUUCGGUUUUCAUCAGAAGAUUUUAUAUUUAUUUCUUGGGAGCCAAAACGGUGGCAUAUAUUUGGAUUAAAAACCAGACACCCUUUAUGGAUCAACUACUUUAUUUUCACUAUUACAGAAUGUAUCAUUAUGACAGUAACUACAUGAUUUACAGCUUGGUUGUUCUGGCCUGAUGACUGUGUUUGUGCGUGCAUGUGCAAGUAAUAAAACAACUUCUCAUAUAUAACAGUUUAUCUUUUUAUUUGUUCAAAUAAUGAGUCCAUAAAUUUUGUUUUACAUACACAUUUAAGACUUGAGUUGAGCAUGGAAUCUGGUGAAGUGCCAUUUACUAUUCUCAAGGCAUCUAUCUACAGCUGCAUUCAUGUAACACAAGCUUGACAUCUAUUGUCUGCAACAGCAUCAAGUCACUUCACAAAGCAAGUAGACCUACGUAGACAAGAGCAUAUUAAAUUAAAGGGAGCCAGACAGGAUUGUGCACGUAAAAUCCCAUCAUGCAUACAUAUUUACAGGAGAUUAUCUUCUAAUAAUCAAACAGACAUCAUGUAGUUUUUGCAGAUGAUGGAGAGGUAUCUUAAUUAUAUUACAAUGAAAUAAUGGCAGAUAGGAUUAAGUCAUUUUGUCAGUGAGAAAAUAGUACAUCGGGAUUUCUGCUGGAUAUUUUGAAAUCAGAACUGAAUGUGGCUAAAGUUAUUUCUGUAAUGACUGCAUAUGGAAUAUAGAGCCAAUGUCAGUGUUCACUGGACAGAUCUGAUUAAAAAGAUAAUAUACAAUGA